AUGGCGGAUCUCACUCCGGAACAGCAACAGGCGGCACAGCAGGCUUAUUACGUUAAGUUGAUGAACUCGGCUACAGAGUCUUGUCCCUUCAAGUUGGUCAUGAGUGGAGGUGCUGGAUUUGCUCUAGGAGGUGUGUUCGGAUUGUUCAUGUCGAGUAUGGACAUUCAGUCUACAAAUCACGCGAUCUACGAAAAGAGCUUCAAGGAACAGAUGAAGUUUGGUAUGAAAGACAUGGGGCAGCGGUCAUAUACGUCUGCGAAGAAUUUUGCAGUUGUUGGAGCUAUCUUUGCGGGAUCAGAAUGUUGUAUAGAAAGUCUGCGGGCGAAGAAUGAUAUCUACAAUGGUAUCGCGGCGGGUUGUUUUACCGGUGGUGCUUUGGCUGUCAAGGCCGGUCCUAAGGCAGCGGCGUUUGGUUGUGCGGGUUUUGCGGCGUUUUCUGCAGCGAUUGACUAUUACCUCCGGUCAGAUCAUUAA